AAGUUGAGUUCUUAGAGGUACCGAAGGCGCGUGAAGGCAGCGGUGGAGCUGCACGAACACACGGUGCGCAGCCUCCAACCAGCCGCUAACAGUCGCUACGAUGUCGGGGAAGAGUUUUCGAGUCAGCGACGGGGACUGGAUUUGUCCCGAUAAAAAGUGUGGAAACGUGAACUUUGCGAGAAGAACCAGUUGUAACAGAUGUGGCAGGGAGAAAACCACAGAGGCGAAGAUGAUGAAAGCAGGAGGAACGGAGAUCGGGAAAACCCUGGCGGAGAAGAGCAGAGGCCUGUUCAGUGCAAACGAUUGGCAAUGCAAAACGUGUGGCAAUGUGAACUGGGCUAGACGGUCAGAGUGCAACAUGUGUAACACACCGAAAUAUGCCAAGCUUGAAGAGAGAACGGGUUAUGGUGGAGGGUUCAACGAAAGGGAAAAUGUAGAAUACAUCGAACGUGAGGAGUCUGAUGGUGAAUAUGAUGAAUUUGGUAGGAAAAAGAAAAAGUUUCGUGGGAAGACUAACAGCACAUCUUCCUCAAAAGAAACCGAGAAGAAAGAAGAGAAAGUGGUAGCAAAAGAUGAAGAUGAGGAGGAGGAGGAAGACGAUGAAGAAGAGGGUGACCUCUCCAAGUACAAACUGGAUGUAAGAUGGGCGGCUAGUGCUGGAAAUUCAGAGCAAACAUGCACAGUACUUGCCAAUUCAGAUGUUGUAACAAAGACACCCUGUCUGCAGGAUGAUGAAGACGAUGAAGACGGAGACCUGUCAAAGUACGACCUGGAUGCCAGCGAUGAAGAAGACAAGCCGGCCGAGAAGAAGGGCAGCCACUCGGGGUCGUCCCGUUCCCGCUCGUCCUCGCACUCCUCCAGCUCCAGUUCAGGGUCGAGGUCCAGAUCCCGCUCUGGAAGCUCAUCCAGUUCCAGGUCUGGAUCUCGCUCGAGGUCCCACUCCAGAUCCAGCUCCAGGUCUGGAAAGGGCUCCUCUCCCCAGAAGAGGUCCCGCUCACCCUCCUCCUCACCUGAGGGGGGACAGAAGCGCAGCCGCUCCAGGUCCUCAUCUGGAGGGAGAAAACGGAGGCGCUCUAGAUCACGUUCGUCCGAAAGGCGCCGCGGCCAGUCCUCCGGAUCCUCCCAUUCCGGCUCCAGUUCAAAAAAGGCAUAACUUUAUUUCAGCCCGUCAAACGACAAAAGGAACCUUAGUACAAGUGCAUGUUGUGUUGUAAGAAAAGCAACCACAUCAUUGAGUAUGCUGUUCAUUUUCACAGAAGCUCCAAAGUCUUAUUUCCCUUCUAAGAAAACCGCGGCAGAGUGAAUUUUCUCAGCUGUUACCUAUCAUCACAUGCUCCUUUUUCAAAACCAUAUACACACCCCCAAUCUGUGACUAGUGUCUGUAACUAUAGGUGUCCAAUAAGCAUAAGUGUUUGGUCCUAUACGAAAAUCAGAUGUAGUGUGAAGAGGCUGUAUCUCAUUUUAAACCCAUUCUCCUUAACAUCUUUAUGGCAGUAAAUUUUAUUCUUCUCAUCUGUGGGGAAAUGAAGUAAAAAGAAAUGAUCAUAUUUUUAUUUUAUUUUUUGCCCUAGGAAACAUCUGCGAUUAAGUUUGGAAAAAGUCCUUUUAUUUUUCCUUUGUUUUUUCUAUAAAUUAGUCUUCACUUUUUAAAUGAAAGAUGAUGUACUUAAGCACCAAAUUAGAAAACCAGAUGUGAAGCAAUGAAUUUUGGCCCAUUUGUUUUAUUUUCCUGAUUCGUGCAAAUUUUCUUUUGUGUUUUCAAGGUAAGUAUUUUCUUUUUUGAUAUUGCUUGUUUUACAUCAAUGGCAGUAGGUUCAACAUUCAUUGGUUAAAGAAAAAACUAUUUGAUUGGUGUGUGUGUACAGACACAUUAGUUUUUGUUUUUUCUUUUGCUUUACACGAUUGAGGCCUAAUAAACAGCUCAGUUUUUCCUCUUCGUUCCCUCGGAAACUAAUUAAAUGAAGAGAGAUAUUUGUGCUCCAUAAUAAUGCAGAAACUUUUAACAAUGACAAACAUAUGUCCCGAUUAGUGGUAGAACGUCAAUAGUCUUUUUACUGGUGAAACAACUAAACUGUACACGUGUAAAUAAAAAUACUGGCGACAUCGUU